AAUAACAGUUUCUGGCAGAUCUAUGCAGAUAAUACUGUCGUUAAAGUUUUGAACAAUGUGAAAAUUACACAUGGACGUUUGGAAAAUACUAAUAGCCUACUACACUUGAUUGCGCGUAUGUUUAGUAUUCUAUGAAGUUAUCAGAAUAAGAACUAGAUCAUAAGAGCAUCAGUAAAAUCACAUUAUAUUUACGUUCCCUAUAGAACAGGUUCAAAAUAUCAACUGGAAACUUUAAAUUAAAAACGUACAGUCAGUCAACAAGUGAAUCACAUGCUACUCAGUUAUGUUUAAACGUUAAAUUAUCAUAUUUAUAAUAUGUUCAAUAACCAAAUUGUAUUUGGCCUUUUUACCAGUGUUGUAAAUAAAACGAGCCUUCAAGUUGGGUCACGAUACAGUAUUUGAAUGCAGUUGAGUUUAUUGGGUUGUUAGGUUUAUAAAGUGGGCUAAAUCUGUUUAUCAGGUUUCUGACUACAAAUUGAUUCAAGCCUGGAAAUUUGCAACUCAUCUCGUACGUUCUAAGCAACUGGCUAUAUAAUUAGCGUGCGUAUUGGCAUAUUGAAUAUCAGUAAAUAGUAUUAAUUGCUCAUUUUAACAAAAACAUCACGGUAAUUAUCAACACUAAAAUAAAAAUCUCACUUGAAUUAAGUUACACGGGAUGAAAUAACAGUUAUUCGUUAUAGAUUUUUGAUCACAUAAAUGAAGUAAUUUAUAAUGGUACUACAGUACUUGAGACCAUCAGAAAUAAGGUUCACUCAGGAUUCUAUUGCUGGAAGAUUUCAAGAUGGCGGGCUUCUGAAUGAUACCAUAUAUAAUAUUCAAAAGGGACUGCUGAGCCCAGACAAUUUUCCACAUAUCAAUGUGGUGCGCAAAAAUGGAAAAUUAUAUAGUUUUGACAAUCGAAGACUAUAUAUUUUUCGUGUAUGUGAGUAUGAAGGAAUCAUAGAAAAAAUACCAGUACGUCUGGUAGAAAGCUGGAGACUGCGAGAAGAUAGAUUUACUACAGAGAAUGACGGGGUAACACUUCGUGUUAGGCAAGGAGGAACAAAACAACAUUACAGAAAACCCUGGCUGCAGGAGCUCGAUGAUAGAGGAAACCGAAAUCUUCCGCCAAGCACGUCGAAUUAUGUUGUUAAGCACAACCAGAUUCCGACUAUAUUUGGUAAUAUAGAUUCUUUACAAAGUCAUAAAACUGGAUACACAAAUCAUGAUUACAUUCCGUACCCAGAAGUCAAAACUUCUACUAAAGCUCCAACAGCACAGUCUUCCAAUUUAAAUGCAAGGACAAAUAUACAUCAAAAUACGUUUACGACAAUCCCGGAUACACAUAGGCCUACCACUCGUAAAAAAACGUCAAGAUCUUCAUCUUUGCGAUCUGAAUUAUCAAAAUAUUCUCCAAAACAACAAACAUCAAGACCAAAGAUUACUCCAGCACCACGAAAAGCACGAAAGGUAUGUAAACUCGAUAAGGCUAUCUAG